ACCUCGCCAUUUCGAAACAACAAUGUUACGACCCGUUGGUCACGAGAUGAACAGAAAUUCUCCCGGUCCUCCCCAUAUUCUAGAAAGGAUGAGGGUUGAGAAACACGAACCUGGUAGUCGAGUUUAUAGACAACAGUUUUGUUUGGACCUUGAUUUUGCCUUGGGAUACUGGCUUGAUAAGAUUCUUGCGAGAGCAAUAAACUUCAUGGUCUUUAUAGUAUACGCACUUUUGAUUUUUCCACAAAAGGCCUCACUCUGCACUUCUUCUUCCAUAUUGAGCAAGAAGGAGAGCACUUUUAAGAAUAUUGAAAAGGCAACAAAAUCUGCUGGCACAGUGCUCUAUCUCUUUCUGUAGAGUAUUCAUAUAAAAGAAACGAGUCCUUG